AUGUUUCCAGCCAACUUGGUCCAGGCAACUUUCCAACAGUACCGUACCAGGAGUAUCCCCAUCAUGAAGACCCCUCCGCCCACGGUGACAGCUCCCCUGAUGGAGAGCACCACCCGGAGGGUCUAUAUCUACGGUGUCCAGGACGACAACGGAACAGACGUCCAGAACUUCUCCCUGGACCUGACGCCCCCGCCAGACGUCCAGAUGCGCACGCUGCCCGGGACCAGCGACGGCAUGAACGUCCUGGGGAUCGUCAUCUUCUCCGCCACAAUGGGUAUCAUGCUGGGUAGAAUGGGGCCUAAUGGCAGCGCCCUGGUCAACUUCUGUCAGAGUUUAAACGAGGCUGUGCUGAAGAUUGUCGCCAUAGUGAUCUGGUACUUCCCGUUCGGGAUCGUGUUCCUGGUGGCCGGUAAGAUCCUAGAGAUGGAUGACCCGUCAGCCAUGGGGAAGAAGCUGGGUUUCUAUGCCAUCACCGUGGUGAUGGGCCUGAUCCUCCAUGGUCUCUUCAUCCUCCCGGCCAUGUACUUCUUCAUCACCAAGAAGAGCCCCAUCGUCUACAUCAGGGGCAUCCUGCAGGCCCUGCUCAUCUCCCUGGCAACCUCCUCCAGCUCGGCCACGCUGCCCAUCACUUUCAAGUGCCUCCUGGAGAACAACCACAUCGACCGACGCAUUAUCCGCUUCGUGCUCCCUGUGGGCGCCACCAUCAACAUGGACGGGACAGCGCUCUACGAGGCCGUGGCAGCCAUCUUCAUCGCCCAGGUCAACAACUACGAGCUAGACUUCGGCCAGAUCAUAACCAUCAGUAUCACAGCUACGGCUGCCAGUAUUGGUGCAGCUGGAAUCCCGCAGGCCGGAUUGGUCACCAUGGUGAUCGUGUUAACCUCGGUGGGCCUGCCCACUGAUGACAUCACUCUCAUCAUUGCUGUAGAUUGGGCGUUGGACCGUUUCAGGACCAUGGUCAACGUGAUGGGAGAUGCCCUGGCCACGGGGAUCAUGGCUCACAUCUGUAGAAAAGACUUUGUCAAGGAAGGAGAGCAGGUGCCUCUGAUCUGUGAGACCAAGCCCAUGAUCAGCAUCCAGCAGAUGAUGACGUACCAGAAGAACGGUGGGUACCAGCACCCUCCCUGCGGACCAGAGGGCCCGGACGUGGCUCGUCUGAUGCAGCUGGAGGAGGGGUUACGACCGGAGCAGAGGAAGAGGAACCCCCACGCUCCCCAACACAAGAGGGAGCACAAGGACAAGGACCACUGCUCCAUCGACAUGAAUGGCCUGGAGACUAACGUAUAG